AUGGAGUCUGCGCCUGGGAACAAGCCAAAACCGUUAGAGAGAUCAUAUCUGUCUGCGGCGGUUGAAUCAAUCUCACCAUGGGGAGGUUCGCGAGCAACUACUCCUAAAGCAACAACGCCCACCUUUUCUGGAGAAGGUUCCGGUUUAAAGAAUCAACAUGGCGGAGAUCACAGCACAAACCAUUGGCAUGGAUGGAGCACUAAGAAUUACCCUCAAGAUUGUCCUCCGCUGAAUCCAAGAUGGUAUCAUGCGGUUGAUAUCCCCAAAAGAAAACCCAAGAUUCUCAAGGCCAAUCAGGAAGAAACUAAACCUGCCGCUCCUCCCAAGAAAUUCGUCACAUUUUCCGAGCACGAUUCUCGUGCAAUAGAAGCUGCGUAUCAGAAGCUUGUCGAGGACUAUGACAAUGGAAGAGAUCCGCGAUCGAGAGCCCAGAGUGGUAAUUUGGAACAAACCUCGGGGAGUGCUGGCGAGAAAGGAAACACGAGUAUCAAUGAAGCUGGGAAUAAUGAGGAGGCUGAUAGGAGUAUUAAGGUCCCAGUACAUGAGGAUUUCUUAUUCGAUGUCGAUAUUGAAAAGAGAGAACUUGCGCCGGUAUAUUGGCUUGGUGCGAUAUUUGAUGUUCGCAGAGGUAGUUGGUUCUACCAAGAGGGUGCAGUUCUCAAACCCUGUGAGGAGAAUCUGGCCACGCAACUUGAGGAAGGAUAUCUGAAAGUAAAACCGUUCCGUUAUCCUAAACCUCCGGAGAAAAGUACUGCUAGACCAUUAUCUAUAAAACCAGGGGAAGAACCCAGAUCAUUGGCCCGCAGUGGCGCUUUUGGGAGUAGAAACCGUAAUGGCUCUCCCUCUGUAACUCCAAAGGGCUCGGCAGAGAAUUUGAAAUCGCCACAGCUGGCUUCUGAUGAUGGUAGUAUACCAAAGGAUUCGCCGCCACCCCACCAACCUCAGACCCAUCGCUUGUUUGGCACAUAUAUGAAUUCUGUUGUUACCUAUCAAGAUGGGAAUGUAGCCUGGAUCUCAACUGAUAACAUCAUGUCUCGGGUUAGUAGCACCGUGUAUCAAAAGUUUGCGGGCGGUGGUUACCUAGGAGGUAUAAAGGUCGUUCGUGGAUAUUCGGAACCAGGUAAAACAAAAGACACGACAUCUGCCGACAAGGAUAAAACACCGAAAACUCCUACUAGCGCCGCCGCUGCUGCUUCGACUACUCCAGAGUACCUCCAGCUUGACGAUCGUCAGCAAAAAUUAAUCAAACGGCGGUCUGCACCUCCGAGCACAAGUAAUGCUAAUGCUUCGCCAGAAGAUAAUAGUACUGAGCUUCGGGAAGCAGCGUACAACAAGCUAAACUCUAUAGAUGCGGAUGCAGAAGCAGAAGCUGUGAGGAAACGUGAUGAGAAGGAGAUGCAGAAUGAUUAUAAUGAUCGAGAUGAUGAGAACCAAGGGCGUGAUAUUGAGCAUUUAAUUCUAGUGACGCAUGGCAUUGGUCAACGCUUAGGUAUGAGAACCGAAAGUGUUAAUUUCGUCCAUGACGUAAACGUUCUUCGGCAAACGCUCAAAAACGUGUACGAAAAUUCUGCCGAUUUGCAGGCACUAAAUGCGGAGAUUGAUAAACUCCCUAAAAAUUGCCGUGUUCAAGUUCUUCCUAUCUGCUGGCGUCAUUUACUUGACUUUCCUCGAAAAGGUGUCAGGCAAAAUCGUAAAGAGCAUGAUCUUGGAGACGCAUUUGGCGAGGAGGAAGAAUAUCCAAGUCUUGAUGAUAUUACUGUGGAGGGUGUACCAUUUGUUCGCUCUCUCAUCACUGAUCUUGCUCUUGAUAUUUUGCUGUACCAGAGUGCUUACAGAGAACAUAUUAGCAAUAUUGUUCUUACCGAGGCAAAUCGAAUUUAUAAUCUUUUCCGGGAACGAAAUCCAGAGUUUUCAGGAAAAGUCAGUCUGGUAGGACAUUCUUUAGGAUCGGCAAUCUUAUUCGAUAUUCUUUGUCGUCAGAGAGAAACUAAGAAACGUAAUGCAAGCUCUUCGCAUUACAAAAAUCGGUCUGCCCCAUCGACAUCGUCACAUGGUAAGAGUCUUGAAUUUGAAUUUGAUGUCGAGGAUUUCUAUUGUCUAGGAAGUCCAAUAGGAUUGUUUCAGAUGUUGAAAGGAAGAACUAUUGCUGCUAGAAAUCGCGUAGAAUCAUUGCCAUCCGAGAGUCCAAUGGAUAUAGACUCUAUGCAAGAUCCAUUUCUGGCAGCUAGCUCGGGUGCGGGCUUUCCAUCUGGAGAGCACAUUUCCAGUACUACAGGAUUGCCAUACUCGAUUUCUAGUCCUAAAUGCGUUCGGUUAUACAAUAUCUUCCACCCAACAGACCCAAUCAGUUAUAGGCUUGAGCCUCUUAUUGCUCCUGCAAUGUCAUCUAUGAAACCUCAACUACUACCUUAUACCAAGAAGGGUAUAUUCGGUGCAAACAUGAAUCAAGGUAUCACUGGCAUUGGAGCAAAAGUAGGACAAAGUGUUAGUGGAUUAUGGUCUAGUCUCAGCUCCGGCAUUGCGAGUAGUCUCCUAAAUCGCAGUCUCGGUCUCACGGGCGAAGAUGUCGAAAGGAUGCAAGCGUCGAAUUCAUCAAGUAUCAAAGGGCAAUCCGCGGGCGCGGGAACCAAUAUCGCAGGAGGAGUUGUCCCAGACCAUCCUUCGCUCCAGAGAGAAAAUACUAGUGAGAAGAUGAGACAACUUGCGGAGGAUACGGCGGCCGCUGAUAGGGAUGGCAUGGGUACCGCGCCUACCUUGAUUGAUGAUGAGAUUGAGACGUUGUAUGCUGGGUUUCAGAAGCGAAGGAAGCAUGAUAUGCCUGAUAUUGAUAGGGCGGAAUUGGAAGAGAAAGCGAGGAAGUUGAAGAGAGAAGAGGCGAAAGUGAGAGCGUUGAAUAAUAAUGGACGCGUGGAUUUUAGUAUUCAAGAGAGCGUACUAGAUUUCAACCCAAUCAACACCAUCGCCAGCCAUCUCUCAUACUGGGCCGACGAAGACGUAUCGCAUUUCCUCAUCGGACAACUUCUCUCGCGUCAUCGAAGCGUGACUCGCUUGAAUAACUUGAAUGAUCCGAGUGAGAGGGAGAGGGAGAGGGAGAGGGAUAGGGAAAGGGAGAGGGAUAGAGAGAGUAGUACUAUGUAUAAGAAUGAAGAUGAAGAUGAAGAUGAAGAUGAAGAUGAAGAUGAAGCAAAAUAA